UGUCUCGAUAAUUUCAUUUCAAUUGUAAACAAACUCGAGAAAGAAUGGAUCGGGAAGAUAUUAAAAAUAAAUCGACUGCCAAUAAUUUAGCUACUAAGAAACUAAGCUCUCCCGAUGAAGUUCAAGAUGCCCCACUCUUCCCUAUAGCGCCCGGUAAGAGCCGUCCCGAUUAUGGUACCAAUAACACCUUAGAGCUAUUGGAACGCAUUCCCACUGAGGUGGUAAAUUUAAAGCUGGAUGAUGUAUUGACCGCGGUGAAAGAUGUAGACAACUUGUGUGAUUAUCCGCGCUGCAAAACCAAGACAAAGCUUAUGGGACAAGAUUGCGAACUAUGUCGCAAGAGAUUUUGUUUCAAGCACGGACUACCAGAAGUGCACGGAUGCGGCGAUGCAGUGAAACGAGAGGAACGGGUAAAAUUCCUGCAUCCUAAACCUGCGAAGACAGUGCGAGCAGAAGCAGAUUUGGCGCAGGCAAAGAAACGGCUUCAAUCCAAAUUAAAAGAUAUGAAAGUAGAACGUAUGCAAAAAGUAAGUGGCGGUCCUCCGAUUAUGGGCGCUAAAGGUGGUGCAGGUGGGAGUGGAGGAAGCGAUGGAAAGGGCGCCAGGCGUAAGAAAGGAAAGUAAAAAAAUUACAUCAAGCGUAGUAGAACACAUUUCUUAGUUUCAAAUCUGCUUUCAAAAAUGUUAAGUAUAUAUUAAUAAAUUUCCUCAAAAAAAUGUUUCUCCUUCAAACAUCAA